GUCGGUGGUUCAACAAGUCGUCGCGUCGUCGUCGUCGUCGCGCCAUAGCCAGGUCAGGUGCUGUGCGUUUUACGCCGCCGUUUGUACGCACGCGUUCGCGAUAUCCCGCGGUUUUUGUUUGGUCGGUAGACGGCCAGAGUUUGGCGCAAACGGCCAGAACGAGACUCACCGACGACGGGAACGUGAUACUAGCCGGCGAUCCAGAGUGUUGCAUACCUGGGGGUGUUUGAUUACCUCAGCGGCACCGCUCCGGAACUGCCAUUUUUAUGUGCAAAACAAUAACUGCCAUCAUAAGCUAGCUAGCUGGCAAGUCGUCGUUUGCCGACCGAUGAUGAUAACAACACGAACGUGAGGCGCGACACUUUAAGCGCUGCUGAGCCACAGCCACAGAACGUUCCAACAACCACUAGUUGCUCAACUAUCACCGAAGCUAUAGCAGCACUAAGUUAUCAAUCCGAUGCAGGCAAGGUUUGACUAAUUGAACGGGACCCAUCGACUAUAGUGAAUCCAUAAUUAACGGUUCGGCGUAAAAGUGAACAACCUUCUUGCCGGGCCAUCAUUCACUUUCGCAUUUCUUUCGAGGCAGCAGCCGUAGUCAAAAGUUGAGUUCAGAGUUAGUCAAAUAUGUUUCUGCUGAUAGUGGAGGCUGCCAAGGCAAACCCACGUGGAGGAGGAUAAAUAUUCGAAACGUGACAGAAAAGAAGUGCAUAUAAAAGUUAACCGACAACGCGCGAGUUAACCAGGGGAAAAUGUGGCAUCCAGAAUGAUAUGCAGAGCGUUGUUGGCAGAGUGAAAAGUAAAAUUGAAAUGAAUGAGCAGAGCAGAGCAUAGUUAGUAGUGACGUGAGGGCUAAAUGGCUGCACAAAGCGGUGACGGCAAGGGCAAAUGAAAUGCACCAUGAUUAAUUGAAAAAUGAUAAAGUUCUUUUGUCGGAUAAAGCGAGUCUCUGUGAUGUGCUGCUGAUGAUGCACUGAGCGCCAGAAGAGGAAGAAAUGGUGAAGAACCGAAUGGAAUGUAGUGCACUAAAUGGUGAAAAAAGUUUUAAUCUUGAGAAAUCUUGACAGUUCAUCUGAUAUCCGGUGGCAGUUAGGCAGUCAACAUUGCCAGCCAGCCAAAAGAAAAAGUUGGGUGCGAGAUUGAGCACAAAAAAGAGGAAAUCGCAGAAAAAAUGGAAACUGACUGAACCUGAAGCACUGUCAGUGUUUAUGAACAAAUUAACCAUCCAUGUCAUAUCACUAAAUCUCCCAUCUCGAAGCUACCGAAUAGCCGAGAGCAAACGUCAAUCACGUAUGGAAGUCAAUCUGUUUUCCUAGAUCGGCACCUUCCAAAAGAGCGCAAAAAUGCUAGCAAACGAAUCUCCGCCCAAUCACAACCACCACCAAAUCCUCUCGGAUCGACUGAGCGCACCCGUUUUGGCCCGACGGAAGUUCAGUUUUCCGGCAAACUUCCACUCCACCAUUGUGCUGAGUGGGGAUGAUCGCCUCGGUUCCCUAAAUCCCUCCGGAUCUCUUCAACCCAACAGUGCAGCUUCGUCAGCCCGACGUCGACUGAGCAACGUCAGCGAUGUCGUCACCCGGAAGCUAUCGAGCACCAUCGGCUGGAAACAGCCAGUUCUUCCCUCGCAGGACAUCAUCACCCAGGGAAAAUGCCUCUGCGGCCAGUACAUCCGAUGUAGACUGAAAAAAUCCGGAGUCUUCAAUCGCAAGUUGGGCCUCCAACGAAUAAGGAGCAUCGUCGGAACGCCUUCUAUACACGUGGUGCGAGAAGUGUUCCCAGCGUUAUUGAGUGUGGGCGAUGAGCUGGAGCGGAUGUACCCGCGGGUUUACAGCGGAGUGGCUCGGCAGUUGACUCGAUACGGGCGAGGCGAGCUCAAAACCCCGGACAUGGCACCCCUGCUGCUGAGUGCGAUCGGUCGAGAUCUGUUCAAGAGCGAAAUAACCUGGGCAAAGGUGGUGGCCCUUUUCGCCAUUGCCGGUGGGCUUUCGGUAGAUUGCGUUCGACAGGGACAUCCGGACUAUCUACCAAAGCUAAUCGAAGGCGUUGCGGAAGUCAUCGAAGAUGAGCUGGUGACGUGGAUUUCCGAGAACGGAGGCUGGGUCGGUUUAGCCAAUAAAGUUCGACCUCAACAAGAAGAGGUGACCUUUUCUGGUCGGUGUUUCGUGGGCGCAGGUCUAGUGAUAUGUUUAUUUUUAUUUGUAUUUCUCCUGAAAACAUUAGGGUUGUAUUUAUUUCCAAAUAUAUUCUUGUAGAAAAAUAAAA